AUGUCGUACGUCGAUGCCCUCCCAUCGGACGAAGAGUCCUGCUUCUACGCCGAGCACAUCGACUUCCGCUCUGACCCUGUCCUCGCGCCCGCGGUCACAGACGACGAACUCGCGUCUAUUCUCCCGCAUUGCCCUAACAUCCUCCACGCGCAGCUCACCGGGGUGCCGGACCUGUCAUCCCGCACUCUGAUCACCCUCGCCGAAUCCGCGCACAACCUCACACAUGUCGAUAUCUCCGGAUGCGCAGACGUCACCGACCUAGGUCUGCAUGCGCUCGCCGCCCACUCAACAUCGCUCGUCUCGGUCGCGAUUAGUCGGAUACCAGGGAUCACCGACCCUGCACUCGCACAACUGGUACGCGGACUUCCGCGUCUGGAGGUGCUCGAGAUGGAUAGCCUGCCGCUCGUAACGUCGGUCGCGGUGCGAGACAUCUGGCUAUUUGCGCGCGGACUGCAGCGGUGGUCCCUGUCCGGGUGCGUGCAUGUCACCGACUCCGGCUUCCCUUGGGUCCCCGAGCGCGAGCAACUCCGAUCCCUGGAAGACCAAGAAGCAGCAGCGGACAAACCGCGAACCUGGCUCGAGAGCCUGCCCCCGCUCGUGUUGCCGGGCACGCACAAGCUGAACGCACUACACACGCUGGACCUGAGCCACUGCGUGAAGCUGACGGACUCCGCCAUGCUCGGACUUAUCGCGUACGCACCGCAUAUACAGGACCUAAACCUGGCCGGAUGCAUCGAACUCUCCGAUCGUGCCAUACAUGCGGUGUGCGCGCUGGGGAACCACCUCGCGGUCGUCGACAUCGGGGGCCUAGAGCGGGUGACAGACGAGGGCGCCUUCGCGCUCGCGACUUCCUGCAGGCGGCUUCAAUCCGUCGAUAUCAGCUUCAUUCCGAAGCUCAGCGACCUCAGCGUGCUGGAGUUUGCGUCACAACCGCACCUUCAAAGGCUUGCGGCGGCGGGACUACCACUACUGACAGACGAGGCCGCGUUCUUCCUAGCGGAGCACGCCUUCGAAUUAGAGAUACUCCACCUCACCUUCUGUAGCCGCAUCACUCUCGACGGGGUGCGCGCAAUGCUUCGGCGGCUGACAAAACUGCAGCACUUGGGGCUGUCCGGCAUUCCCGCCAUGCGUCGUCGAGGAGUGCGACAGUUUUCCGAGGCGCCGCCCGAGGGCUACGAUGAGCGGAAGCGAGGGUUGUAUAGGAUAUUUCGCGAGGGAAAAAUACGGGCGCUGGGGGAGUUCUUGGAGAAGGAAGAGUGGCGGAAAAGGGAGUCUGAGCGGAAGAACAUCCCCUUUCAACCCAGAGGUGACGACUCGCGGGCGCUCUAUUGA